UUCCAAGAUGGCCGCGGGUGGAGCCGACCAGUUUCUCCUUGGACCAAGAUGACUGAUGGAAACCUUUCCAGCUCGACAAAUGGCGUAGCCUUCAUGGGCGUUCUGGACGGUCGACCAGGAAACCACAUUCAGAACCUGCAACACUUGAAUCUCAAGGCACCCAGAUCCCUCUCAUUGCCUGAGUAUGGGCCCAAGCUGAAACUCGGGGCUUCAGAUCAGCACAGCCUGCAGUCGGUGGACUCAGGCAUUCCUACCCUAGAGAUCGGCAACCCAGAGCCUGUCCCCUGCAGCGUGGUCCAUGUGAAGAGGAAACAGUCUGAAUCGGAGAUAGUCCCUGAGCGGGCCUGCCAGAGCGCAUGCCCGCUGCCGUCCUACGCACCACCGGCUCCUACCAGUGCUGAGCGGGAGCAGAGUGUGCGGAAGUCCUCCACGUUCCCCAGGACGGGCUAUGACUCGGUGCAGCUCCACAGCCCCACCGCCAAAGCCCUGAACCGCAGUGACGAUGUCUCUGUCUGCAGCGUGUCCAGUCUCGGCACAGAGUUGUCAGCCACACUGUCCAUCAGUAAUGAGGACAUUUUGGACCUCGUGGUCACGAGCAGCUCCAGUGCCAUUGUGACCCUGGAGAAUGACGAUGACCCACAGUUUACUGAUGUCACCUUGAGCUCCAUCAAGGAAACCCAUGACCUACAGCAGCAGGAUUGUGUUGAUGAAACUGCAGAGGGAAGUAAAUUGAAAAAACUGGGACCGUUUAGUAACUUCUUUACAAGGAAUUUGCUUGCUAGAAAACAAAAUGCAAGACCUGACAAACAAAAUGACUUGGGAUGGAAGUUAUUUGGAAAAAUACCACUCCGAGAGAAUGAUCAGAAAGAGUCAAAGAAAAUGCAAAAGGAAUAUGAAGACAGGGCUGGACGGCCUAGCAAGCCACCCUCCCCACAGCAGAAUGUGAGGAAGAAUCUCGAUUUUGAGCCGCUUUCCACCACUGCGCUCAUCCUGGAAGACAGACCAGCAAAUCUCCCGGCGAAGCCAGCUGAAGAAGCUCAGAAACACAGGCAGCAGUAUGAAGAAAUGGUGGUUCAGGCCAAAAAGCGAGAGCUGAAAGAAGCCCAGCGGAGGAAAAAGCAGCUGGAAGAAAGAUGCAGAUUAGAAGAGAGCAUUGGAAAUGCUGUCCUUACUUGGAAUAAUGAGAUUUUGCCUAACUGGGAAACCAUGUGGUGCUCUAGAAAAGUUCGAGACUUAUGGUGGCAGGGGAUCCCUCCCAGUGUGAGAGGCAAAGUCUGGAGCUUAGCCAUUGGCAACGAGUUAAACAUCACCCACGAGCUCUUCCACAUCUGUCUCGGCCGGGCCAAGGAGCGGUGGCGGUCCUUCAGCACGGGCGGCUCCGAAGCGGAGAAUGAAGAUGCCGGGUUUUCAGCAGCAGACAGAGAAGCCAGUCUGGAGCUUAUUAAACUGGACAUUUCUAGAACAUUCCCUAACCUCUGCAUUUUCCAGCAGGGUGGCCCGUAUCAUGACAUGUUGCACAGUAUUUUGGGCGCUUAUACUUGUUACCGACCGGAUGUGGGCUAUGUUCAGGGCAUGUCCUUUAUAGCCGCAGUGUUGAUCUUGAACUUAGAUACUGCAGAUGCCUUCAUUGCUUUUUCUAAUCUUUUGAAUAAACCCUGUCAAAUGGCAUUUUUCCGAGUGGACCAUGGCCUUAUGCUGACUUAUUUUGCUGCAUUUGAGGUAUUCUUUGAAGAAAAUUUGCCGAAAUUAUUUGCUCAUUUCAAGAAAAACAACUUAACUCCAGACAUCUACCUAAUUGAUUGGAUCUUUACUUUAUACAGUAAAUCUCUGCCCCUCGACCUGGCCUGUCGCAUAUGGGAUGUGUUCUGCCGCGACGGGGAGGAGUUUCUGUUCCGCACGGCCCUGGGCAUCCUGAAGCUGUUCGAGGACAUCCUGACCAGGAUGGACUUCAUUCACAUAGCCCAGUUCCUCACCAGGCUGCCCGACGACCUGCCCUCGGAGGAGUUUUUUGCUUCCAUAGCUGCAAUUCAGAUGCACAGUCGAAACAAGAAGUGGGCUCAGGUGCUGACUGCGGUGCAGAGGGACAGCCGGGAGAUGGAGAAAGGAAGCCCGUCGCUCAGACACUGAGGCGGCAGGUGGACUCGCGCUCGGCCCGGAGCGAGCUCUGAGCGCACCUGUGUUAUUGCGGCGGACACACUGGCAGCUGAGAACGGGCUGUUUUCACGUUCGGUUCCUGAUACUGGAGUUGGCCUUAAACAAAACAAAACAAAACUCUUAAGGAAUUAAACCAAGGCUUAGCCUUAAGAAGCUCAGUGGAAUGAUGACCUAGUGUUGACAUGGCAACCAUUGCAUACUCUGCAUAGUUUAAAAAUAGGGCCGUGGCUCUCUCCCUUUACUCCACUAACGUUCAUUAAAUGCAAAGCUUUUAUGUCAACUACUGGAAGGGACAUCACAGUCUUUCUUAGCCGAGGUGCAUGAGAAGUUAUUUGUGAGAUCUCAGAGUUGUUACUGGCCCAUAGUUACCUAUUUUGAUAAGAAAGGGAUUACUGAUUUAGUUAUCGAGAUAAUUUUUCCAGAAAUGGAGGUUCAGUUAUUAAAGCCCUCCUACCAAAGACGCAUUAAAGGCAAACGAGUUCUCAUGGACGCCCUGGGACUCGACCUGCCCUUGGGCUGAUGUUUUACCAUGUUGCCUUGACACAGUCACAGCACGAGGCUAAAGCUGCACGUGUGGGCCCAGGGGGAGCCCUGUGCUCCCAGAGCUUGCUCCCUAUACCUGCUGGGCAGUGCAGGGAAGGUCGAGUAGGCAGAGGUGUGCACACAGAAGCCCUGGGACGCAGAAACAGCCCUAAAACCGACGGAGACAAGAUGCAAACAGUCUCCUUUAAAUCAAAGCAGACAGAACGAGGGUGUUAGACCUGCCCUGCUCAUUUCUGUGCAGGCGCAGACAGCACAGGGGUGUGUGUGUGUGUGUGUUUGGGGGGCCUGCUCCUUUGCUCUGACAGAAUGCUCCUCUGUCCUUGGUCACCUGAACAGCAGCAUCAGCCCUGAGUGCCAGUGUUCCCCUCCUCAUGCAUUGGGCUUAAAGAUAGACUAUUGUGAGGACUGAGAAACGAGCCACACACAUCCAGCGGCCCAGACAGUCUUGUCACAGUCUCAGUGCCCAUACCAUCAGCCUUUCCAUUUUCGCUGGUCUCCCCAAGUUCAUUAGCCCUUUUUUGUUCUAGAUUUUCCUUAAUGAAUUUUGAGUACUUUGUAUUAAGAACUUGAUUAUCCAAAUUCAAAUAAAUAAAUAGAUUUUGCACAGAGCAGUCCAAAGGACCAGCACAUCUCUAUGGAAACAGAUUCCCGUGUGAUAACCCAUUGGCAUGUUGGUCUCUGGGCUGGUGGCAUGGCCGGUUUCAGGGCACCGGCUGCUGUGCGGUGGUGCCGCACUGGGGUCUGGCACUCUCUGGCCCUUCUCAGCCACACUGCCCAGCCCCGGGAGUGCCCCGGGUUGGUCCUGUUUCUGAUGUGGGGAGUGCCCUCAGCUCUGAGAGUGUCUAGCCUGCAGCUGGGAGACCUGGGGUGGAGGGCGAAGCCUGGCUGUGGGGUAUUUUUAUGGGUUUUCUGUGUCUGCCAUGUUCGUUGCCAGUGCUCCCUGCUGCCAAGCCUGUGCUGUCCUCGUGCCCCCCACCCUGGCUCUGCUCUGUGUGUUUCCUUGGGAUCACCUUUGUUCCCCAGCCUCCUUACUGCGUUCUCCAGGGAGGUCACAGCGCGUCGUGGAAACCACUUUCUGCCUCAGCCUUUAAAUGCUGACUUGGCUGACCUCUGGGAGGGGGUCUUCCCUGAGAGCUCAGCACCUUCCAGACAGCCGGUCCCCGACACCACAGUGCUGAAUGUAACCUGGACUGAGCCAUGCCUUGCAGGUGUGCCCGUUUUGUUCCAUGACAUGGGCUUUUUGUUCCUGAAAGAUGUACAUCUUUUCUUACUGUCCAUAAGGAUGCUCCUUAAGUCGUGACAGAAAGUGGUGCAACCCGGGCGGCGUGCCGGCCUUAGAAUGCAUUUGUGCGUUCAGACCCAGCCCUUAGAGGUUUCUCGGUUCACACCUUGGGAUAGCACCAUUUACACUCAGUUUUAAACAGGACUCCAUUCGUCCGAGUCCUUACCAGAUCUCCAGUUCAGGGGCCCCGUGAGGUCUGGCUGGUUUGCUCUGUCCCCUCAGAGGCCAGAAGGUUCUCAUCCUGCCCAGGGCCACGUGGCCCCUUUCCACGGAGGGCUGCUGGAGAGCACGGCUGUGCUGCUCGGGUGGCCGUGUCCACUGCGAAAACUGGCACCACACCCUCGGGGAGCCCGCACCUCCCACUCCCUGGGCCUGGACCUCAGUGCAGCCCUGGCCCCACCAGGCCUGGAAUCUCAUCUAAAAACGAGUUUCACUUAAUUUAAACUAUUCUUUUAAACUGCUCAGUUUUGACUAUUUUAAAUAGUUUGCUGAUAGAAAAAUCCUGAUAACACUUGCUGCAUAUCAUGUUUUAAUUGCUGUACAGUUAACCUUUAAUCU